CUUUUCGGUUAUUUUCUGCUACGGCCGUUCCCCGCCCUGCCCUGGGCCCAGGGGGCCGCGGUCUGAACUUUGGUCGGCUGGAGGAGUCGUCCCCGACCUCCGUCAGAAAUGGGGAACGUGCAGUCGGAGCCGUCCGCGGGCGGGGGCUCCCGAAAAGAACAGGCCUCGGACCGCUCCUCUGAGUCCCGCCGGACAUCCCUGGUGGAGCCCGAGGUGACCCCCUCCUCCCCGGCGAUGCGCCUGGCUCGCGGGCUGGGCGUCUGGUUCCCUGGAAGCUCCGCGCCCCCGGGAAUCCUGCUACCCCCGGAGCCCCAGGCCUCACCCUCGCCCCUGACCUUACAACUGCCCUCGCCAGUGACGCCCCUUUCAGAGGAGGCGGCUGCGGCCGCGGUCUCUACACCACCCCCGCCCUCCGUGGGGACCCUGUUGCCCGCGCCGUCUAAGUGGCGAAAACCCACGGGCACUCCAGUGCCCCGGAUGCGCGGUCUGCUGGAGGCGAGCCAUCGCGGCCAGGGCGAUCCUCCGAGCCUCCGUCCGCUGCCUCCGCCGCCCCGGCAAGUAACUGGAGAGGACCCCAAGUCUGUCCCGAGGGCCCCAUCCCCUACUCCACUGCCCUUGGAGCCGCGGAAGUUGCCACCACCGCCACCUUCCGACCGGCAGCCUCCGGAUCACAGAAUCAUUCCUGCUCUGGCCACACCCGCCACGCCCCCCACAGAAAGUCAGGUCGGGUACCGCAGCGAGGGCCAGACGGCGGUUGGAGCUCGCAGAGGGGCGCCUCCCCAAGCGGGCGAGGGAGAAAUGGCCCGGCCUGCGGUCUCUGAAUCCGGCCUCAGUUUGCUAUGCAAAGUCACCUUCAAGUCGGGGCCCACUCUGGCCCCUGCGGCAGCCUCGAGUUCCUUAGCACCCAAAGCCUCGCUCGGGGGUAGCGGAGGAGGCGGAGGGCUCUUCGCUGCCGCGUCGGGUUCCAUCUCUUACGCUGAGGUCCUGAAGCAGGGGCCCCUGGCUCCUGGGGUCGCUCGACCCUCGGGAGAGGUCCCUCGGGGGACUCAGGAAGCAGAAGGCGGUGAUGGAGACGGCGAGGGGUGUUCUGGAACCCCCUCGGCGCCCGUGUCCCACGCCAGGACCCUUCCACCGCCACCCUAUACCACCUUUCCAGGCUCGAAGCCCAAAUUUGACUGGGUGAGCCCUCCGGAUGGCCCUGAACGCCACUUCCGUUUCAACGGAGCCGGCGGCGGUGUCGGGGUGCCCAGACGGCGCGCUGCCGCGCUCUCCGGGCCCUGGGGGUCCCCACCGCCUCCGCCGGGGCAGAUGCACCCAACCCCCGGGCCCCGGAGGCCUGCACCGACCCUGCUGGCGCCGCCUAUGUUCAUCUUCCCGGCGCCCACCCAUGGUGAGCCUGUGAGCACCCGGCCGGGAGGCCCACAGGAGGUGCUGCCACCGCCGCCGCCCACGCCACCACCCACGCCGCCUCCCGCGCCGCCGCCGACUCCGCAGCCGCCGGUGCUCCUGCCAACGCGGCUGCCCGUGGUCCGCCCUCCCACUCCACGCCCGGGCCACUUGGAGUUGGCUUUGGCUCCCGCCCCAGCUCCCACUCUGCCCCUCGCCUUGGCUGCUGACCAGGCCCCCACCCCGACCCCCGACCCGGCCCCGGCCCAGACCCCGGCCCCAGUUCCGGUCCCGGCUCCUGUCCCGGUCCCGGCCCCGGCUCCUGUUCCAGCGCCAGCGCCGACGCCAGCCCCAGCCCCGGCCCCGGCCCCGGCCCCGGCCCUGGCCCGGGCCCCAGCCCCGGCUCCCGCUCCCGCUCCGGCAUCAGCCCCCGCUACGGCUCCAGCUCCCGCUCCCGCUUCGGCCCCCGCCCCAUCCCCGGCUCCAGCUCCCACCUUGGAGCCAGCGCUGCCUGCGCCUGCGCCCAUCAAGGCCCGCACGCGAAGGAGCAAGGGUGCCCGAGCAGCCCGAGGCGCGACCCGUGAGGAUGGCGCGCCGGGAGAUGGUCCUCGCGAACGUACUGCAGCUAUCGUGACUGACAGUGGUGGUGGAAGGGGUGGUGGUGGCGGCGGGACCCCUCCAGCAGGGAUGGCUAACACGGGCACCACACGCCACUGGCCGCCCUUCCAGGUGCUUAACUCCUGUCCCUGCAAGUGUUACUGCCGCCACCAGCCGCGUCAUCGCCGUCUACCACGCAACGUGUCUGCCUGGCUGAGCACGCCCACCAACCACCUGAGCGAGCCACCCUGGGUUGCCACCAUCAAGCUGGCUGGCUCCCUGGUGGCCGGGCUGGAGCACUACGACUUGCAGGCCACUCAUUCCAACUGAGUGCAGUCUGCUCAGUGCCCUCUGC